UGGAUGGGGGUCAGAGCCCAUGAAGGGGCCGACUGCAGGCAUCCAUGAAUAUUUUAAUAUUUUAGCCUCGUCUCACAUUGCCUUUUGUCAAGCACCCAUCCCAUCACCCGUCACUCACGAUGAGAGAGAGGAGAAGAGAGGAAGAAGGAAAGCUAAUGUCACCCGAAAUGAACAGUGAACGGGGAGACGAAGAGGAGGGAAGAGGGGGACCUGAAGAAAGUGCACAUCUUCAUAACCCCUGCCACUCACAAAAAAAAAGCGACAGUGGGGUGCACCACUGAGAGAAAAGAGGAAGGGGGGAAAGCCAAGAGCCAAAGUGCUCUGUGUAACCACCACUAUCACUUACAGGGGGAAGAGAGAGUGAGAGACAUGAGAAGGAGAGAGCAAAAGCACAAGUGCUGACAAGGCUCCUGGAUUGGUGAUGUCACGUGAGCGGCUGCCUCUCAUUGGCUCAUCUGGGAGAAAAACGACAGCCAAGCCACACCCCUCCCCGGCUCUCCAUCAAGCUCAUCACCGAAAACGCAGCCAGCAUCAAACAUCCUCUUCCUCGUCCUCUCACCCUCAUCCGGGCCCCUCCACCAUCCUCCUCUCAGAUAGCACCAUGACACCUUGGGGAGGCCUGGCUCUCUCCGAAUCCUCCUUUACCUCAAUCGCCCCACCUCUCCCUCAACAGCACCCUCUGCCUCCACCUCCUGCUCCUCUGCCCACGCCGUCCACUCCUUAUCGUGGGAGCCAGAGCGAAGACGAAGAUACUUCCAGUUCCAGUUUUAACUCUGAGGUUCCAUCUUCACCUGUAGCGGUCCCUCAGGACAGUGCAGGUUCAGGGGUCAGAGGGUUGCGGGCGAGGCGGAGGGCGAUGCCCCAGCGCCGGUUGCCUCGUCCUCCCCGUCUGCCACCGCUGCAUCCCGUCACCAACCUCAGCUUCUCUCGCAGCUUCACCUUCUCUUUCUUCGAGCUGCCUCUGCACCAGUCGCCUCGCUGCCGCGCCGAACGCGUCCGAAACCUCAUGCUGCUUCUGAGACAGAUUCACUUCUGAAGAGUCAGCGAUGGACAGCGUUGAGCGAAGUGGCCUUCCUCACCACAGGCAGCCAUAUCUCGCUGUUGCCCUGGACAAUGCACAGCUGGAUGUCCUUGGAAAGCGAGUAGAAAAGAAGUCCCUGUCAGUUUUGGAGAGGGUGAAAACACAAUGUUGCUGUUCUGGUCCCAGGUUGAAGAGCUUCCUGCUCGGCUUUUUUCCCAUCCUGUCAUGGCUGCCACGCUACUCCAUCAGAGAAAACGCAUUAGGAGACCUUCUGUCUGGAGUCAGUGUCGGGAUCAUACAGCUGCCACAGGGUAUGGCCAAUGCCAUGUUGGUGGGAAUCCCCCCAGUGUUUGGUCUCUACACCUCGUUCUAUCCUCUGAUCAUCUACUUCCUCUUCGGCACUUCCAGACACCUCUCCAUCGGUACGUUUGCUGUCCUGGCCAUCAUGAUUGGGUCUGUGACAGCCAACGUGGAGUUGCUUAGCAACGGUGAUGAGGAGAGUCAGAUUGAUGUGGAGGCAGCCAAAGUGAACGUGGCUGUACAAAUCAGCAUCCUCUGUGGCCUCAUACAGCUCCUGCUGUACUUGCUGCGUGGAGACGGUGUGUGUCGCUGGCUGUCCGAUCCUGUGAUCAGAGGCUACACCACAGCAGCAGGUCUGCAUGUGGCCAUCCUGCAGCUGCCGCUGAUGACUGGAAUACCUGCGCAGAGAUACACGGGGCUGCUGCCUUCAGCCCGGGUUUUAAGGGAUGUUCUGCUUGGAGUGACGAGUGCUGUACCAGGAUCUCUGUCUGUCUCUGCGGCUGCCAUGGUGAUCCUCAUCACAGGCAAGAUGCUGAAUGAGCGCUUUAAGAACAAGCUGCCUGUCGCUAUACCGUGGGAACUUAUACUGAUUGUCCUGGGCACCAUCCUGUCAGUGCAGAUGGAUCUGGCUGGACAGCACAGAGUCCAGGUGGUGGGACACAUACCCAGUGGCAUGUCUUCCCCAGUCCUCCCCUCGCUCUCUCAGGCCAGUGAGCUGUUUAUUCCGGCUCUGUCUGUGGCUCUGGUUGGCUUCAGUUUCCACUCAGCCUUGGGCUCAGUGUUUGCUGACAAACACGGCUAUUGCGUGGACCUCAGACAGGAGCUGCUCGCUCUGGGUUUGUGUAACACCAUAGGAGGAAUGUUCCAGUGUUUCUCCGUCAGCUGCUCCUUCUCUCGCAGCAUGGUCCAGGAUAGCAUUGGUGUCAAAUCACAGAUGGCAGGUUUGGUAUCAGCUCUGAUGAUUCUCACCAUCUUGUUGAAGAUUGGUCAUCUCUUCGAGCAGCUGCCAAAGGCAGUGUUGGCAGUGAUCAUCGUGGUGAACCUGCAGGGGAUAUUUGCUCAGUUCAAAGAUGUGUGUGUGCUCUGGAAGUCUGACAGAUUAGACCUGCUGGUGUGGGUAGCCUCGCUGAUUUCCACGCUGAUCUUUAACCUGGACCUGGGUCUGGCUGUCGCUGUCGUCUUCUCUCUGUGCACACUCCUCUACAGGACGAAACACUCCUCCACUGUUGUUUUGGGUCGUAUUCCUGGCACAGACUGUUACAAAGAUGUGGGACUCUACACUGAGGCAAAGCAAGUCCCUGGCUUGACUGUUAUCUCCUGUUCCAGUCCGAUUUACUUUGCCAACUCUGAACUGGUCUUCACAGAGAUCAGACAGACAGUGAGCCGUGGUCAGAGAGAGAAUCCAGCUAGAAUCCACCCGACUACCUCCUCCUCUUCCUCCUCCUCCUCAUCGGCCCAGACAUCGCCACACACGCACUGUUUGGUUCUGGAUUUCAGCUCAGUCGGUUUCAUAGACUCUGUGGCCAUGACAGCAUUGUGCAAGGUUAUAGGAGACUUGGAAGUCCAGGAUGUUAGAGUGUUCCUGGCUGCGUGCCCAGAGAGAGUUUUAUCCCAGCUCCACUCUCAGGGUUGUAAAGUAGACAGCAUUCUCAGCCCCUGUCUCUUCCCAUCGGUCCAUCAUGCUGUCCAGCGCAGCCUUGGUACUCUGCCCACGCCUCUGGAGGAAAUCAACCCAGAUGCGAGCGAAUGUUGAAACUACAAUGCGACUGCUGCUUUUGAAUGUAAAUUACCGGACAGUUAAGUCACCUCACAGUAACAAGUGGACAAAAAGACACAUCCUUGGGUGAUACUGAGGCCUUAAAGAUGGCAGACAGAAUGACCACAGCUUCAUUUUUCAUUUUUUUUUUUUUUGAAAGAAAGCCAUAAACACUUUGCAUAGUAUGUACAGGAUAUGCCUCACACAUUUCCAGAAAAUAAAUAUAAUUGUUCCCGACCAUUAUUGAUCUCUCUGUCAUGAAGCAUUUUAUAUUUGACCGCCCAGCUGCUAGUAAAACAUAAAAGAAAACUUUCAGUCCAUCGAUUGAUUCUCGUGAUGCACCAGUCUGCUAUCUAAACAGACUUUACUGACAUUGCUGGGUGAGACAAACCUGAGGAUGAAGAUGAGGAUCAUGAUCAUCAACCCAUUCAGACCGACUACAAACCACUGUAUAAACCAUGGGACUAUAUCAGCCCGAAAGCAGUGAAGAGACGGUCCAGCUGCAUGUAAAACACCAGCAGCCAGAGCAUAGAUUCACCCUAGCUGGGACUCAGAGUAAGUGAGUAAUGAAAGCACAGAAACACAUGACUAAUGAAUGCAUCAGCCACGACAGUGCAACAGUUAAAUCUGUAAAAUAAUUCGACCUGCCCUGUAGAUCCUAGUCUGUCCAGUUCUGUUCUGCACUAUGAGCGCUUUGGAUUAAGUGAUAAUGACACUGUUGAUUUAAAGUAGGUGACAGAGGCUGAAAAUAUGUAGCUGCCGUUCCUUACUCAGAGAACAGUGACAUUGUGCCAAUUCAGUCCAGAAAAAUACUUCCACUCUUUCAUGACAUGUAGAUUAAGUUUUAUUUAUUUCUCAUCUUAUUUGUAAUCAAAAUAUAACAAUAAUAUAGUUUUUAUUUGCAGAUACAGCGUGAGCACAAGAUGGCAGUUUGCAGAUGAAUAUACUCAUACUAUUAAUUUGUAUACUUCUAUAUAGUGUAUUAACUCAAGUAAUACGUUCAUGACUUUUCUCUUACAAGGCAUUUCAAAACGGGCAGCAGCCACUGGUAGGUCAACACUUACAAGUUCAUACUGUACAGAAGAAUUUUGUUAAAACUCUAAAACAUGAUUUUAAAUUCUAGAGGAGAUCUAAACGUUUCUAAAGAACUGUAUGAAGACUGCUGAAUUUUUAGGUCAAUGUGUCUACAUUCUUUUUACAGACAUAUACUCCCACAUGGUGGAAUGAUGCAGCCAUAAAAACAUGUGGUUAGUAUUUCACUCAGAUCAGCAAUAAGGACUGAACCAUUACUGUUCUCUCUCUCUCUCUCUCUCUCUCUCUCUCUCUCUCUCUCUCUCUCUCUCUCUCUCUCUCUCUCUCUCUCUCUUUCUUUCUCUCUCUCUAGGACAUUUUUGUUUGGUAGAUUAUUUUUCUUUGUUGUAACAAUGCUUCUUGGCAAUAAAUAAGCCUGUUAUUUUCCCUUUUACAUGGUGCCGUAUUUGUAGGGAAUGUGCAUUUGUGGGAUGAGCAGCAGAGCUCAUGUGUUGUGCCCAUGAAAGAUUUGCCAAAUCUUCCUUGCCAAACAGCCCUUUCUGAUAGUGACUCUUAUUUAGUGUUGUUUGAUGGAUUGGAUGAUUUAAGUCUGAAGAAAUAAGACAUAUUGGCAAUUUAUUCAUUUAACAAACAGGAGCCUCAGUGGC